AUGGUGAAGAUCAUCGCGCUGACCACCUCCUUGCUGGCUCUAAUGGACGUCGCCGCGCCUGCAACAAAGUGGAUUUCGGCCACUCGAAAGUCAUCAGGAAAUCAAUCAGCGUCGCCAUUGAAAAAUAAACCGGUUUUGCAACUAAAGUUGUACUCAAGUAAGAGUAUGAUCCACUCGCUCAAGUAUAUCAAGACUGGGUCGUUUCAAAUUCCAAACUUCCCAGAGUACAUGGCUGUGGGUUACGUUGACGGCGUUCAGAUUUCACACUACGACAGCGAGAGCGGGAAAGCAAAAGCCAAACAGGAGUGGAUGAACAAAAUCACGGCCGAGGAGCCACGCUACUGGGAGACACAGACACAGCUCAAUAUUGCUAAUCAGGAGAGAGACAAAGUCAGCAUUCGUAAUCUUCAAGAGCGCUUCAACCAAACGGGAGGUCUUCACAUGGUCCAGCGGAUGUCUGGCUGCCAAUGGGACAAUGAGACCGGCCAGGUGCAUGGUUGGACUCACUACGCUUACGACGGAGAAGACUUCAUAUGGUUUGAUUGGAAGGGACCGAGAUGGAUCGCCGUCCAGUUGCGAGCUGUUAUCACCAAACACAAAUGGGACAAAGAGGACAACUACAAUGAAUUCCUGAAGUAUUACCUGACUGUGGAUUGUCCAUUUUACUUGAAGAAGUACGUGAGCUUUGGGAGGGACGUCCUGAUGAGAACAGAGCUCCCACGGGUGUCCCUGCUGCAGAAGACGGCGGGCUCGCCGGUCACCUGCCACGCCACUGGUUUCUAUCCCAGAGCGGCCGUCCUCUUCUGGAGAAAGGACGGCAAGCGGCUCGACAAGAACGUGGAGGUGACUGAAAUCCUCCCCAACCACGACGGGACCUUCCAGACUAGCGCUCGCCUCAUAACGGUGGACGAACGCGCUCGCUACGAGUGCGUCUUCCAGCUGGACGGCGUCCCGGAGGAGGUCAUCACCCCGCUGGACCUCGCCGAGGUGCUGAGCAACGAGUGCAUAGAAGCGCAAGCAAGGAGAGAGACGGUGCUGGCCGUCGCCGGCCCCUUGGCCCUCAUCUUUCUGGCCGUCGCCAUCUGCGUCAUUGUCGUCAAGCGCAAACGAGCAACCCGCUCCAAUUCUGUUUCGUCUUGGAUCGACUCCAUCGAGGCCCCUUCUUCUGAGAACGAGACGGAUUUUUCCCGAGGUGCUGGUUCUGAGAUUUUGGUUCAUUCUCCCGAGACCGACGCCCCCGGGGUCGCUUCAUCCGAGACCGACCACCCCCGGGUCGCUUCAUCUGAGAUCGACACCACCGAAGCUGUUUCUCCCGAGACAGCUUUUUCCCAAACCACUUCUUCCGAGGUCAAGUGUCAGGAUGCCGAGUCGGUAGCCCCGCCCCCUCCGCAGACCCAGAGCGAGCAGCCCUCCGAGUCCGGCUCCCGCUCGGCGGCGCCCUCCGCGGUCGCGCUGGUGGUAGUCCUCUGCGCCGGCCUUCUCGCCAGCUGA